CCCAGGUUAGUACGACAAGUGUCAUGACGAGAUGUCGCUGAUGUAGAGAAAAAUGCAAUUUGGAGGCCGGUUUCAUUGGCUAUACGGUAUCCUAAGAUGAUAUGCAGCCAAUGAAACGUGCUCUUUGCCGAAGAGUACGCGCGGUGCACUUUAAGAAGAAGACUGAUGUGUCCUCCGGCAUUCUAUCCGAUCCCGUCGUAUUCUACUCUCGUAGUUCAUGUUGUAAACUUAUCUCGCGAGUAGUACGAAGAAUCGUGUGCUUCCAGUUACAAGAGUAAGGUGAUAUUCGUCGGGAAAGAAUUAUUUUUUUUAGUGAAAAGUCAGUGACCACGUUAAACGUCGAAAUGUCUCAGCAAAGCGCGAUCGUGCAAACAUCCAAUACUGGCACGGACAUUACACCUGUGCUUGGAACUCUGCAGUCCGUAGGGCCCAACAGUCAGACCUCGCCGGUUCUGCCUAACAUGCAAAGCAACGUGACCACGACAACCACCGUGCAGCCUCAAACGCAAUCUCAACAAACGCAAUACAUAUCACAGCCUUCGAAACAAGUGCAAGUACAACAACAACAAUCACAAUCGCAACAACCACCACCGCAACCACCACCUCCACCGCAGCCACAACAACAACAGCAACAAUCAUCCACUCCCAGUUCUUUCAGCGAUUUUCCACAGUUCUUGACAAAAACAAGAUUGGAAGACUUGGUAAAGGAGGUAGAUCCUACUGAACAAUUGGAUGAGGAAGUGGAAGAGAUGCUGUUACAACUGGCGGAUGAUUUUGUGGAGACAACAGUGAAUGCUGCUUGUUUAUUAGCCAAGCAUCGUCAUGCAAAUACAGUGGAGGUUAAAGAUGUACAAUUACACUUGGAAAGGAAUUGGAACAUGUGGAUCCCUGGUUUUGGUACAGAUGAAGUACGUCCAUAUAAGCGAGCAACUGUCACCGAAGCACAUAAACAAAGAUUAGCGCUUAUACGAAAGUCUAUCAAGAAAUAUUAAUUCCCCUUUAUAAAUUCCAUUUAAUUAUUAGUUAUUUACUUUUUUGAGGUUAAACGAUUGUAUUUUAUACAUUUUUCCACAUCUACUGUUGCUGCUUUAUAGUCCUGACUACCUUGUGAUAAAAAUGUUAACCUUCUCGCUACAGCGACACAUUUGCCCAAAAACUGACUGGUGCGGAUUAUCGUUUCUUAUUGAUCGACUAUAGUCAUUCUUGAUAUCUAGAGAACUAAACGAUAUACUUUAUAUUCUGUAUAGAAAUGGUUUUCCAAUGGGGAUGACUUUAGUCGCUGUUUGUAGCGAAAAGAUUAAUCUCAGACACGUGUUUCUUUUCCGCACACAUCUCGAUUGUUACAUAUAUAGUGUCAUUACAAUAUAAAAUAAAAGUACGUUUGUUAUUAAAAUUGCAGAUAUUUUUUAGAUUAAUUGCGGAUAUUUUUUACUUCUGAUGUAGUAUGUAUAUUUUUUACUUCUGAUGUAGUAUGUAUUUCAA